GUGUGUGUGUGUGUGUGUCAGCAGCUGCUCCCUCCUCCACUUUGUUCCUCUCUCAUAUUCAGUCCUGCAGUGGCGGAUCGGCUCGCUGCUCCCGCCGGCAGGAGCGCAGACAUCUGAGGAGCCCGUUAGUGUCAAAGACAAGCUGACAGAAACACAAAGAGCUUCUUACAACAACAACAAUAACAACAACAAAUCCCUCUGUAGCUCCGAGACUCACAAACGGAUUAAAGCGCGCACAGAGCACAUACAGACCGGCUGUGAAGCGAUCCGGGAGCAACUUUGGCACCUGGUCUCCGUGUGGGGUGGUCGUGGUUUUUGUUUUGUUUGUUUUUUUGGCGCAGAUGUUCAGUCAGCUCCUGCUUGUGUCUUCAGCAUCUUCAGGCUUUCAGCACCAAAGAGGAUCCGCACACGAUCUGAUUGCAUGCCUGUGAUGAACUGAAGGUGUGAGGAUAAAGACAGUGAGGAGUGAGGAGGAGGAGGAGGAAGAGGAGGAGGGAGGUCUGCAUGAGGUUUGCUUUCCUUGAAGGUGAGAAAGUCUAUUAACAGUUGGUGCGCGGAUGAUCAGGUUCAGACAGCCACUCCCUGGAGGAGGGAAUGUACAUGUGUUACAUAAAGACUGCACUGGGACCAGUGCUGAACCGCAUCAUGACUCCAGCUGACUCUCAGGAUGUGGCAUAAGAUGGGGGACUAUGAUUUACUUUUGCCCACACAAAACAGAAGGAGCUUGCAGACCACAAGACUGGAGCGAGGAACUUGACGUGAUGUUUGUGGUGAGGAUUUCUUGCCAUUUUGGAUUCUGAUGUUGGAUUUUGGUCUAUGAAUGGGUUUUAAUGAGGACCAAAGGAAACCAGUUCAGUAAGCCUUACAGUCAAGGGAUUUUCAUACCUCUCUGUUGCCUCUCUUGCUGUGGUUUUGCUCCCACCGGGAAAGCAGCAUGGACCCGCACCAGGACCAGCUGUCAGACUGGAGCUCAGUUCAGCCCAGCUUCUCCACCAUGCUGCAGUAUGAUGGCUCUCAGGGAAGACAAAACCACACCUACAGCUUCCGUGGCUCCAUAAUGCUGCCCUCCACCUUCAGCACACCCACUGCCUCCCUCCAUCAACCUCUGCCCUCUCUGCUGCCCUCCUCCCUCAUCUCCUCCCCUUUAUUCUCCACUAUCUCGACCUCAUCCUUUCCACCUACUUAUGCUUACCAACCCUCCUCCUUUCCUUUGUCCCUGUCGCCCUUUUCUACUAAUGACUUGGCAGACCUGGAGAGCAUGCUGCUCUGGACUCUCCACGAGCCCAGCACUAUCACUCUGACCAUCAUGUACUGUCUGUCUUUCAUUCUGGGUUUCGUUGGCAAUUUGAUGUCCCUGCGCGUCCUCACCAACAGGCGGAGCAGGCGGCUAGUUGGCGUCAGCGCCACGCGCAGCCUCCUGGUGAACCUGGCGGUGUGUGAUCUGGCUGUGGUGUGUGUCUGCAUGCCCAUCACCCUGGGAAGCCAGAUCUACACGGCCUGGGUCUACGGCGACCUCCUGUGUCGAACAGUACCCUUCACACAGGCCGUGUCGGUCUCAGCCAGCGUGUUGACGCUGACGGUGAUCAGUGUGAAUCGCUACUACAGUGUUCGAUCACCGCUGCGAGCUCGCUCCAUGUUUACCCGCCGUCGAAUCUUGGCGACCGUCGCCGUGGUGUGGACGGUGUCUUCUAUCAUGUGCGCUCCUAUUGCGGUGAUGAACAGGCGACGGGAGAUCAGCUUUGGGACAUUCGCCAUCUUGGUGUGUCAGGAAGAGUGGCCUCAGCAUCGCCUUAAACAGGGAUACAACGUGCUGCUGUUUGUGAUGCUCUACUGCCUGCCAGUGACCUUUAACCUCACCAUAGGUUUCCUAACUGGCAGGCGGCUUUGGGGAGGGAAGAAAUCCACUUUUGCUGAUCUUGACCCUCGCAGCCAAGCUCUGCACGUCUCGCGCCUCAAGACGCGCCAGAAGAUAGCCAAGAUGGUUGUGUGUCUGGUGCUGUUGUUUGCUGUGUCCUGGCUGCCGCUCUACUUGGCUGACCUUUGGAUCGACUGCGAGCAAAGGCCACCAUCUUGGCUCUUGCAGACACGACCAUUUGCCCAGUGGCUGGGCCUGACAAAUUCCAGCCUUAACCCCAUCUGUUACUGUUUCAUAGGGGAUCUGUACCGCUCAGCAAAGGUGAUAAGGACGCGAUACUACCAGAAAGUCGCCGCUCUCUUCGGCAGCUCCUCGUUCUCCAGCUCAGCUGCAGUGGCGAAUCCUGUCGCAGUGAUUACAGACACCAAAGUGACUGCUGCUGAGCGCCACCAUAUUGCUGCUGCUGCUGUGGCAGCAUCUGCAUCCAUUGUUACAAUCCCCAGAUUCUUGAACUUGGGUAGGAGCCAGGGCCUGGGGCAGAAGGUCAGAGACAGUUCAGACGGACGAGCAGGAUCAGACCACAGUAUCUCAGACUGGUGUCGGUCCAGUCCCAGUGUUUGUGACAACUCCAUGUUCCCCUGCCAGCUCCACACAAGCCAGGAUACCACACAAAAGGCAGACCUCCUGCCCACAAGAAGACACUCUUUUAAUGAGAAUGCUGGACCAUUACCUUUAAGAAUCAAGUCUGUGGAAAUAGACAUGCUGCCUCUGAGGAGGCAUUCAGGGGACAGAAUAUAUGGUCUGUCAGCCAAUAAGACAGACAUCGUUACCAUGGGCAGAGAUGCUCUCUGUUUCCCUGGGCAGCACAGAAGCAAGACAUCACAAGCCUACUCUCUGGUGGGAGACAGGGAGGAUGAAACAACAGAUACGACCAGCCUGUAAAACCUGCAGAUGAUCUGAUCUAUCAGCAGGGAGGAAUGCUUUCUUUUUUGUGACAUAGAGCUCCUGAUUCACAGUUUGCAGUUGACAGCGUGAGUUAAUCCUUUGCAAAAACCAUUGUUUGUCUUGAGGCUAAUCUGACUUGGUCCGCACUCUCCGUCCUUCUCUGUGUAGUGUCCUCUCUGUAUCAUUUGGAAGCAUGGUAUUCAGGACCAAUGAUUGCAACAACGGGAUCAGGCUUUCGAAUGCAAGGGAGAGGGAGCCAUGAUGGAGUGAGCCCUGCAGGGGCUUGCAGGGGAGUGUUAUUUAGCCCCGGGCUAGAAAGCCAGUUAUCUGUAAGAAGGAUGGAUGGCAACAAAGCGGCAUCCCAUGCGGGUCACAUCAUAAGCGAUUUGUUUGCUAGUCACGGCUGCGUCAAAUGUUUGCUUCAGACAGGAACCCAACAAGACGGAAAUGCGUGAUGAAUUCUUUCGUUUCGAUUCUUCGUUCUUUUUUCAUUGCUUUGCUAAUGGUUUCGAUUGUAUUUGUCGCUCAGAGAAAAGGUCAGACCGCCUGUUACGGUGCAAUGUACCCAACACAGAUAGAGUGUGUGUAAAGACCUUCUGACAGAUCUUCACGGGGUAAUGACACCAUCUCUGUGUGCAGUCUGCGAACGAAACAGACAGUAGCAGAUGCUGUUCACGUGUGCAGUGAUACAGGUAAUUUGCAGGGAAUGUGAAACACACUGUGUAUGAGGCAGAAAAUGAGAAAUCACAAUAGAAUGACUGGUUUUGUUUUGCGCAUAAUAACUUUGCAGGUUCGUUAGGCUUUUGAAGGCAGGUCAUGUGAAAUGAGCCCAAAGCAAGUUCAUUCAGAGGAACUUUAAAGGGUCAGUUCACCCACUAAACAGAGAUUCCCCCAAGUAGGAUAUCAGUGUUUUUCUAACUCUGGAUAACCCUGUCAACAGUUUUAAGAGGGAAUUUUUCUUUAGUUGAAAGUAGUUCUAGUGAAAAUAAGAUUAUUAAAUUACAUCCACUCCCAGCACAAAUUAAACCAAAACUGCAUGUCCACAUAUGACCAAAGAUGAGAGAAAAUGCUUUUUGCUUCAUGAUGAACUGACCCUUCAAACAUUUCAUGUAUUGCUAAUAUCGCAUUAACUGUACUGUGAACAGCUAUUAAAAAAUAAACAAAGAGUUAUCAGCUCUAAUACUUGAUAACAGGAGAGUUUUGGUUCAAUCAUAAACACUGCCUGUUUAAACCAGCACAUGUGCUGCUGUGUAAAGAACUGAAACAAGGUGCCGAAAUAGCUUGAAAGGUUAAAGAAAUAACACACUUACACAGACACACACACACAUUCACACAUACACAGAUGCAUGCACACGGACAACAAAAUCUAAUCUACCCUCAGGCUGCUUCCAGUUGUGUGCAGGACAGAGGUGGUGAAUAGCAUGAACUGCUGUGACAUCAAGCUGCUAAUCACACUUGUCCUUGUAGGAAAAGUGAAGUGGUGAAACAUCCAAGACAUCAAACUGUGUUGAAACUGUUCUAUUUAUGUCAUUAGAUAAGGUUGCUUUG